AUGCAGCUCGUUCCCAAGGAGCUGGACAAGCUCACCAUUGCCCACCUCGGGUUUCUGGCCCAGCGUCGCCUGGCCCGGGGUGUGCGUCUGAAUCACGCUGAGUCAGUGGCAUUGAUAUCUAGCGUUCUGCACGAGCUUAUUCGCGAUGGCCACUUCUCCGUCGCCGAUCUCAUGUCUAUAGGUAAGACCAUGCUGGGUCGCCGGCACGUCCUGCCCUCCGUCGUCGCGACCCUGGUCGAGUUGCAGGUCGAGGGUACUUUCCCAUCGGGAACCUAUCUGGUGACAGUACACCACCCCAUAAGUAGCGACGAAGGUGAUUUGGAGCGCGCACUCUAUGGCAGCUUUUUGCCGGUACCGCGGCGCGAGGCUUUCCCGGACCCGGACCCUGAGGACUUCUUGCCCGAGAAGAUGCCCGGCGCGGUGAUUCCAAUGAAGAGUGCUCGGGUCGCAUUGAAUGACGGGCGCAAACGGAUUCGCCUCAAAGUGAUGAGCAAAGGAGAUCGUCCCAUUCAGGUGGGAUCGCACUACCAUUUCAUCGAGACCAACCCGCAAUUGCACUUUGAUCGUAUCCAGUCGUACGGAUACCGCCUGGAUAUACCUGCCGGUACAUCCAUCCGUUUCGAGCCCGGCGACACCAAGACCGUGAACUUGGUGGAGAUUGGCGGCAACAAGGUUAUCCGAGGAGGCAACUGUCUCGCCAAUGGGCCAUUGGAUAUGAGUUGCGCCGAGGAAAUCGUCUCAAAACUGCAAGUUGCUGGAUUUGCGCAUGUUCCGGAGCCUCAGGCGGACAGCGCGCUGAUUACCGGCUUCUCCAUGGAACGGGAGGCCUACUCUCGCAUGUUCGGUCCGACGACCGGCGACCUGGUGCGCUUGGGAUUGACCGACUUGUGGAUCCAGGUGGAAAAAGAUAUGACAAACUACGGCGAUGAGUGUGCCUUCGGCGGAGGCAAAACGAUCCGUGAUGGCAUGGGCCAGGCUUCUGGACGUUCGUCGGCCGAAUGCGCCGACACUAUUAUUACGAAUGCGCUGAUUAUCGACUACACUGGCAUCUACAAGGCGGAUAUUGGUAUCAAGGACGGUUUCAUCUCGGGCAUCGGCAAAGCCGGUAACCCGGAUGUGAUGGACGGUGUGCACCCCGAUCUUGUAGUGGGUGCCACUACAGACGUUAUCGCUGGCGAGAACAAGAUUAUCACGGCCGGUGGAUUUGACACGCAUAUCCAUUUGAUUUGCCCGCAACAGGUGGAUGAAGCUCUGGCAUCAGGUGUUACCACCUUCCUUGGUGGCGGCACUGGGCCGAGUACUGGAUCGAACGCGACUACUUGCACACCGGGACCAAAUCACCUGCGGCAGAUGAUGCAGGCGUGCGAUAGCUUGCCAAUUAACAUCGGUAUUACGGGCAAGGGUAACGACUGCGGACGACUGAGUAUCGAGGAGCAAAUAAAGGCUGGCGCUGCCGGUCUGAAGCUGCACGAGGAUUGGGGCUCCACACCUGCCGCCAUUGACAACUGCUUGGAAGUCUGCGAUGAAUACGAUGUGCAGUGCAUGAUUCACACCGAUACCCUCAACGAAUCCGGAUUCGUCGAACAGACCAUUGAUGCCUUCAAAGGCCGUACCAUUCAUACAUACCACACAGAAGGUGCCGGUGGUGGCCACGCGCCUGAUAUCAUCCGGGUCGUGGAACACCCCAACGUCCUUCCCAGCAGCACGAACCCUACCCGUCCCUUCACCCUUAACACCCUGGACGAGCAUCUCGACAUGUUGAUGGUCUGCCACCAUUUGUCCAAGAACAUUCCCGAAGACGUUGCCUUUGCCGAAAGCCGUAUCCGUGCCGAGACCAUCGCCGCUGAAGAUGUGCUCCACGACCUUGGCGCCAUCAGUAUGAUGUCCUCAGACUCACAAGCGAUGGGCCGUUGUGGAGAGGUCAUUCUGCGUACCUGGCACACAGCCCACAAGAACAAGACUCAGCGUGGUCCCUUGCCCGAAGACGCGGGUAACAACAACGACAACUUCCGUGUAAAGCGGUAUAUUAGCAAGUAUACGAUUAACCCGGCCCUGGCACAGGGUAUGGGCCACUUGAUUGGAAGUGUGGAAGUGGGCAAGAUUGCCGAUUUGGUCAUCUGGAAUGCCAGCACUUUCGGCACAAAGCCGGUGCAGGUCCUGAAGAGCGGCAUGAUUGCCAUUGCAGAGAUGGGUGAUCCUAACGCAUCAAUCCCGACAAUUGAACCGAUGAUCGUCCGCCCAAUGUUCGCUCCUCGAGUCCCAAGCACAUCUAUCAUGUUCGUUUCCCAGGCCUCCAUCGACGAAGGCAUCGUGCAGACCUACGGACUUCGCAAACGCGUCGAAGCAGUCAAGAACUGCCGCAGCGUCGGCAAGAAAGAUAUGAAGUUCAACGACACGAUGCCAAAGAUGAAAGUCGAUCCCGAGAGCUACACCGUCAAAGCAGAUAACAUGCUGUGCGACGCUGAGCCCGCGACCGAGUUACCAUUGACGCAGGCGUACUAUAUUUUCUAA